AUGUUCAGAAACAAUUACGACAACGAUUCCGUCACCUUCUCGCCGCAAGGCCGAAUCUUCCAGAUCGAAUAUGCCGGCGAGGCCGUAAAGCAAGGUUCAGUGGUCGUCGGAAUUGCCAGCAAAACACACGUCGGCUUGUUCGCCCGAAACGCUGAGGAACUGUCGUCAUACCAGAAGAAGCUUUUCGAGAUUGACGAGCACACCGCCAUUGCCAUUGCCGGUCUCACAUCAGAUGCCCGCGUCCUGUCCAACUUUAUGAAGCAACAAUGCCUGGGCCACCGCCUCACCUACGGCCGCCCGAUGCCCAUACCUACGCUGGUUGGCCAGAUUGGUGAGAAGGCGCAGAUCAACACCCAGGUCUACGGCAAGAGGCCGUACGGCGUUGGGCUGUUGGUUGCUGGCGUCGACGAAAAUGGCCCCCACCUGUUCGAGUUCCAGCCAUCGGGCAUGACGGAAGAGAUGGUCGCAUUUGCCAUUGGCGCGCGAAGCCAAAUGGCCAGAACAUAUCUGGAGCGGAACAUAGAGUCAUUCGCCGACUGCUCAAAGGAGGAGCUGGUGAAGCACGGAUUAAGGGCGCUCAAGGAGAGCUUGGUACAGGACAAGGAGCUGACGGUCGAGAACACAUCUGUGGGAUUGGUGGGCUUGAAAGAGGGACCCAACGGCCGACCAAGUGUCGAGCCUUUCAAGCUAUAUGAUGGCUACGAGACCAAGGAGUGGAUUGAGAGCGUUAGCGAAAGCCAAGGAGGCGAGGGUGAGGGCGAGACUACAGCUGCGGGCGAGGGCGACGGCAUGGAGGUUGACAGCUAG